AGCGAGGUGCUUAUGACAAAGACUGUUGUGUCUAUUUGAUGAUGUUUAUGAUGGUUUUUCAUGGUGUUGAAACGGUACAAGAUGGUGUUGGGAUUUUUGACUUUGAUCCCUUGGCAGAUGAAGAUUUCAGGAAGUUUCUCAGGGCUUGUAUUUGUGGCACCAUUGUGUUGUCAGAUUUGAAUUGUUACAGAGAUGAAUAUCUGAAACGAAUGGUUGCAUUCAGGAAAUACAGGAAACAAGAUGUUUUGGAUGCCCUAAUUAAACAAAGGGAAGAGUUGACGCAGAAAUACAUGAAUGAUGCUUUAAAAAUUGAAAUUGUUGCAAGAAAUAGUUCGGCAAGGAAAUCCAAACAUGUUGAAACAGAAGAUGAAGCUGAGACAGAUGUCAAUUUUGAAGGGAAAGGACGUGGCAAAGGCGGGAGACGCACCCGAGGAGGCAGACGCGGGAAGGCACGUGGACGAGGUGCUUCACGUGGUUAA